AUGGCUCGAUUUCUACAAGAAGUGAGAAGCAAAAGGAUUCUUAGCGAACUUCAACAAGAUAAUUUGGUAACAAACCUAAGACAUUCUACUGCUGAGGAAAAUGAACAGAUAUUUGAACAUCAACACGAAAUGUCUGAAGAUAACAUCAACACGCCUUUUUCUGGCAAUUGCUGUAGUCCUGAACAAAGCGAUCUCAACCCUAAUGCCAACCCAAAGGAAGCUGUCAACGCCAACAUCAAUGUUUUAAGUCCACCAGAAAUCUCGUUCUUGGACAUUACCAGUAAUCUUGAUUUAUUAUUUGCUUUUAACAAACCGGAUCAGAUCGAAUCUACAUCAGAUGAUGUUUACCAAAUUCCUGAAGAAAGAAAUUUUGCUGAAGUGUUUGUGACUGGGGACCAACAACAAUAUUAUGGAGAUAUGGAAGAAGGUCGAAAACGUCGUCACAAUGCUGACCCAAAAUCUUGGAAAAGGAACAAGGCUUUUUUGAAGCGAAUGCGAGGUGAAGAUUAUCUAGGAUAUUCUAUACCAAAAGAUAGGAAGUUCCAACAAGAUACUGUAAGACAAGCAAGACGGCUAAGACCAACUUGCGUCUCCAAUUUUUGUAAGAAGAGUAAGGUAAGAGGCUGUGAUAUGUUCACUGAGGAUUGUCGAAAGGAUAUACAUAGCAAUUUUUGGAAGAAAAUGACCUGGGAUCAACGAAGAGUUUACGUUACGGGAUUGGUGACUCGAUCUAGUACAUCUCGGAAAACUGAAUCGGCUAGUGAACUAUCUAGGCGGGAGGGAACUCUAUCAUAUUUUUUGCCGAUUGAAAAAGAUUGUUCAAAUAAAGUACAGGACGUGUGUGACACCUGUUCAAGUUACAAUUCGGAUAAUUUAAAUAAAUCAGAUUACCAAAUACAUAUAAUUAAGAAAAACAGGGCUAGACAAGAAAAAGAAGAGGACAAGAAAAAAGCAGCUGCUGGAGAAUUUAUACUUUUGACUAUGGAUUUAGAGGCUGUGAAGGGCAUGUGUGAAGUGUUGCCUUUCGGGAAAAAACAAACGUUGGUAUUAAAUGGAAAGCGAAUGCAGGUGCUGCUUGGAGAGCCUGAUAUAGUUGGUUACACUAUGUCCCUGGAUCCCACUGUUUAUAAUUUGUGUAGAGGCUUAAAGGCGUUUUUCUCAGAAUACCGCGCUGGUAUACUACUUACCAGAGUUCUCAAGGUAAUAAUAUGGAAGGACAACAUAUGCUAUUAUAUUUUCGAUCCAGCUGGAAGAGAUUCACGAGCAUAUUCGAAUUUCACAAACGGCUGCGCCGCUUUAAUAAAUGUAAAGGACUUGGAUUCCGUGGCUGAAGUAAUUUUAGCUCGAAGCGUAGUAGAAGAUCAGAGGUUCGUUUUAGCGCCCGUUAAAGUCCUUAAAAUGGUGGAUGAGAAAGCUGAUGAGGAUUUUGAAUCCGAUAAAGAACUAACACAAGCGGAGAAGGCAAUGAUGAGUUAUAGAAUCCUGAAUGAAAAUUGUGCUCUUGUUAAUGCGAAUAUGCAUUUAGGGGAUAGAUGUUUUGAAGACGCAAAAUACCGGCAGGCUUUACCAAUCGCUAUAGUUGCAAUGACUUAUGCGAAAAUCUCUCCUCCUAAUACGUGGUUCACGAAAACUCUGGAUAAAAUUUUACGUUUAGGCAAUAAGCUUUACGUUGACUGUGUUCACCCCAAGGUGAUGAUUGACAUGACGAUAGAUAAUAUUCCCAACGAAAUAAUGAUUGGCCCAUAUGUUUGCGAAAUCAUAAUCUACAGAGAAAGAGUAAAGGGGCAACUAUUCACGACGAAAGAAUGCUUCUUUAACAUCAAGACUGGUUUGGAAGAGUUCUUCAAUCGCGAUUAUAACAGUGGCAUUCUUGAAUUCAAUAAUUAUUCGCUAGCAGUGUGGAGACAAAAAGAAAUGUAUUACUUAUUUGACCCCUAUCCGCGAACAAAUGAUGGCAUGAGAUCAACUACCGUUGGUAAGGCUUGUUGCUGGAUGCUUUUAAACCCUGAGACGAUGGCGUCAGUUUUUACGAAGAACUGGGACUACCUGCCAUCCACUACUCCUUUCCAAAUACAUGCAUUUAAAGUAUUGAGGUUGAAAAAAAGAGAACCAAAGAAACAAAUUGUUUGUACUCUAAGUGACGAACAAUUACCUGGCGUUAAAAGGAAAAGGGGAGAAGUUGUAACUAAUCAAGCUCAUGGUGAUGGCAAGGAGGUCUUUCAUGAUAUCUUACCUGCGGAGACUUUAAAUGAAUAUCCAAUGAAUUUUCAGCAGCCUCGAAUAAACGAAGAGCAAAUGGGAGAUAUUGUAUCCUUAGUUGAUAGCAUACAAGACGAUUAUCUUCCACCAAUACCACUACGAUAUAAAAAACCAGAACCUGAGGCUGAAGUAUUAAAAAUUGUGAACCUGGACUCGCCGACGGUGUCAGUGACACAGGUGGUGCCACCGUGGCCAGCGCCGCGAGACAAAAGCCGGGAGCCGCCCGAGCCCGAUCCCGACCCAGAGCCGACGCCGCCGCCUACGCCGCCCACUAUGCCGGAAGAGGAAGAAACUGAGGAAGAAGAAGACGAAGAGACAGCGAAUAAGAAAAGAGAAGAGAAGGAAAGAAAGAAGGCAGAAGAGGAAGAAGCGAGAAGAAAAGCGGAAGAACUACCACCACCACUACCGCCACCUCCACCAUCACCACAGCCCGAGCCAGAAGUUCCGCUCGCGCCAAUACAGAUUGUAGAAGACGAGGUUCAAACAUUUGAACCAGUCGACGUAGACCGUCGAGUUCUUCUCACGGAGGAUGCUCGUAAGCGCUCGAAAUUGCGUCAGAUUAGGAGAAAAUUAACUCCACCGUUAGAUGAAAUACCUCUAGAAGUGACCCCGUCUGAGGAACUCGUGAAACCGAGCAACUUUAAAGAUCUACCUGACAGCUCACAGAUUAUAAGGGGCUCCUCUGCCAUAAGCGACGCGGAUGCUCAAGAUGUCCUGCCCUUCGCAGCUAUAAUGGCCAUCGUCACUUCAUACAAAUAUACCAUCAACACGUGGACUGGUGGAUUGGUGGAUUUCGUUUUAAAUACGGCCAAGAAGCUGCACCAGAAUAAAGAGGAAAAGUUUCAGCUCGCACCUGUUCAUAUUAUACCAAAAAUAACAAUAGGACACCAGACAUAUCACGCGGAUAUCGACGUGAUUGGACAAGGCGCGACGUGGCAACUUGAAAAUGUAAUAUCACAAAAAUUAUUUGAUAAAUAUGAUAGAGGAAUGAUCACAACUCCCUCAUACAGUUGUGCUAUUUUCAAAAGAAACGAUCUCUAUUAUUUGUUUGAUGGGAGUCCCUGCACUCCAAUGGGUGUUAGAGAUGAGAAGACUACGGGAAAAGCGUGUUUAUUGCGAUUUAAGACAUUACAUGAUUUAGUUAUCAGAUUGCUUUAUAACAAAGACGGAUUAAGAGAUGAUCAACAGUUUAUUCUGAGCAGAAUUUUAGUGAGGCGGCUUUUAGCUGAACCGAGAUUUAAAUUGCCAGAAGACUACGAUUAUUCUACUGGUCAACCGACAUCUGAGAAAUCGAAACCGUCCAUUGUUUCGACUGUAAAAGAAUCAGAUAAGAAAACUUCAAUUGACUCUUCUGCACAAAAGAGUGAAACAGUGAUUGGCUAUCAACAAGUCGACGGUCUGUAUAGAAUUGAAGGUACAACAGGUCUUAAAGACCGAAACAGUAAUUCCGAAGUAAAAGUUUGCCAUUUCGUUUGUUUGAUUGCGAUGCUAAUGGCAACGAUGCACCCAAUAAGAACUUGGGAUCACUUCAUGGUUGAUAUGUGCAUUGAAAAAGGUUUAGAAAUUUUUGAAAAUGCAACUAAUCUAAAUGUGUGCGAAAAGAGAGUAAUCAAAAACAUCAUACUAGACGGAAAAUUAAUCAAUGUAAACAUUAAGAAAAUUCUUGUUAUUAAUGAGAAUCAGGAGAAACGGCUUGAACAAUAUUUGAAAGCUGUAUUGGGGCGACUUCGUUAUGUCAUUAUUAGGUUUCCACAAUGUAGUAUGCUCAUAUGUCAAACAGAAGGUUAUUAUCACCUUUUCGAUCCAUAUCCACCGCCAGCUGGGGAACCUGUGGAACCGGAUAUCGAAAAUGAAGAUAUAGAAACUGUUAAAGGUAAACAAAAGAAGAAGCCAAGGUCUGUGGCAACAUGGACGCUAUAUCGUUCAUUAGAGGCCAUAAAUAGUAGAAUAAAGAAAGUUAUUUCAGGGAAAGUUGUUGAUCAGCCUGAAUUUUAUACAUUUGAGUUGACAUCGGUGAAAACUGCGCCGAAACAUUCAGCCCUAAACUACCGUCUAAGCCCUCUUUUCAAGCCUGAUAGGAAUCCAAACUGGCCAUAUUUGAAACGAAAAAAAUCACGCCCUAUCGUUGAUGAGAAAAUGUACUGGUUGAAUAUUAAGACCAUUCCAUGGUCGCGCAUGAAUCCUACAAAUGAUUUGGGAUUUGAACGAAAGACACCAAAGUCGACGUGGAACGAUUGGGACAUCGAGUUUCCGGGUGAUCUCUAUUCACUUUGGGGAACAAUCCAUCCUUUAGAUAAAAGAUUCGAAAGACUCCAUCGAGGGAAACAAUAUUUGGCUACAUGUGCCGUUGCUAUUUUCUUGACUCAAGUAUGUAAUUUCAGUGCUUGGACUAGCAACCUCCUCGACGGCAUAGUAACUGCUGGCGAUACAUAUCACGCAAAAACUGUUGCUAAAGUUGGGAGUAACGUUAAUUACGAAAUAACUAUUGAUGACUUGGAUACAAAAUUCGAAGAAAUGUUUCCGUAUUCUUUUUCAGUUAAAUUCGAAAACGUUAUUUUUGGGUCCGUCUACAAUACCUAUCCCGACCGUUUUAAUUUAAGUAAAGCGUUGCAAUAUUUCUUCGAAAAUAAAAAGCUUGGAAUAUUAAUAAGCCCCACGAAAAAUUUGGCAUUUGGUGUAGUUGGCGGUUCAUAUUUUAUGUUCGAUUGUCAAAGCUAUGGUACACCAACAUUUUCACCAGGUCAAGGAGCUUCGUAUAUUCUUAAAUGUGAAAGUCUUAACAGGUUAAUUUAUUGUUUGACUGUAACAUUGAAUAUAAGAAGACAUGGCCACCAAUUUCAUUUAUAUAGUCUGGCUGUGACCGUAGCUGAAAAAGCAAAAUAG